AUGGCGGAGACUAUCUCGACUCGAGUCGGCCACGCUUUCGCAAAGCUUUUACAUAUUGAUCUAUCUCCAGCUCUUCAGGUUGUGACAGAUGAGGCCGGAACAUAUUGCUAUUACGAGGACGAGCCCACUGUGGGCGAUUGGCUUCGAGGUCACAUGCCCACCACUCCUCAGGUUCGUCGCUAUUUCUGGGGCCUCUUCCCUUUUCUCCACUGGAUCGGGUAUUACAAUGUACAAUGGCUGAUUGGGGAUCUCGUGGCAGGCAUUACUGUUGGCGCCGUGGUUAUUCCACAGGGUAUGGCAUACGCUGAGCUAGCCAAACUGCCCCCAGAGUACGGUCUGUACUCCUCGUUCAUGGGCGUAUUGAUCUAUUGGUUCUUUGCAACGUCCAAGGACAUCACUAUUGCCUGUGGCAGUCAUGUCUACGCUCAUGGGUUCAAUUAUCAUCAGAGUUCAAGCAGUUCACCCCGAAAUACCUCCACCAGUCCUUGCUUCCGCUCUAGCAAUCAUUUGCGGCGCGAUCGUAUCAUUCCUGGGUUGCUUCGUCUUGGCUUCAUCGUCGACUUUAUCCCACUGCCUGCUAUCACCGCAUUUAUGACUGGGUCCGCUAUCAAUGUUUGUGCUGGCCAAGUGAAGACGGUUCUCGGAGAGAAAGCGCAUUUCUCUACGCGUGGGGCAACCUACAAGAUCAUUAUUGAUACACUGAAGCAUCUUCCAUCCGCUCAGAUGGACGCUGCUAUGGGUCUCACAGCUUUGGCGAUGUUAUACGGCAUACGGUCUGCUUGCAACUAUGGAACGAAGAAGAAGCCCCACAAGGCGAAACUGUUCUUCUUUUUGUCCACAUUGCGCACUGCCUUCGUCGUUCUUUUCUACACCAUGAUUAGUGCUGCCGUCAACCUCAAUCGACGCAAUAACCCUGCUUUUAAGCUUCUUGGUAAUGUCCCACGGGGGUUCAUGGCCGCAGGAGUUCCAAAAAUUGAUAUUCCAAUUAUCAAGGCAUUUGUUAGUGAGCUUCCUGCCGCUGUGAUUGUUUUAUUGAUUGAGCACAUUGCUAUCUCGAAAUCAUUCGGUCGUGUCAACAACUAUACGAUCGACUCAUCGCAGGAGUUUAUUGCGAUUGGCAUAUCAAACUUACUUGGACCGUUCUUGGGCGCAUACCCAGCUACAGGCUCAUUCUCGCGGACUGCUAUCAAAGCAAAGUGCGGCGUACGCACCCCCCUCGCGGGUGUGAUCACUGCCGUUGUAGUCCUCCUCGCCAUAUAUGCGCUGCCGGCGUUGUUCUUUUUCAUUCCCAAAUCGUCAUUGUCGGCCGUGAUCAUCCACGCAGUAGGAGAUCUCGUUACACCACCCCGUAUCACCUACCAAUUCUGGCGUGUAUCUCCGAUUGACGCACUCAUCUUUCUCAUGGGCGUUACCGUGAUCAUAUUCUCAACUAUUGAGACCGGAAUUUACUGCACAAUCGGUGUAUCACUGGGGUUACUCCUUUUCCGACUCGCCAAAGCCCGAGGCCAAUUCCUUGGCUACGUCCAGGCCCAUUCAGUCGUGGGCGACCAUAUCCUCAACGCAUCCAAGGGAGACCCAAAUACAGAGUUCAAGGAUGAUACCGCCAUGUCCCGAAGGAUCUAUCUCCCAACCGAGCAUAAAGGUGGCACAAACCCCAGGAUCAAGAUCCACCAGCCAGCCCCAGGAAUCUUCAUCUACAGAGUCUCCGAAGGGUUCAACUACCCCAAUGCAAACCACUACACAGACCACCUAGUCAGCCACAUCUUCAAAGAAACCCGGCGCACAAACCCACAAGCAUGGGAAACAACAGGCGACAGACCCUGUAACGACCCGGGUCCAACCCGCGCCGAACGCAAAGCCCUCAUGGUGGAGGAAGCACCCACAUCCCCACUCCCAACUCUCCGCGCCAUAAUCCUCGAUCUCGCCGCCGUCAACAACGUAGAUGUCACAUCCGUGCAGAACCUCAUCGACGUCCGCAACCAGCUAGACCGCUGGGCGUCCCCAGACAGCGUGCAGUGGCACUUCGCGCACAUCCACAACAGAUGGACGAAGCGUGGUCUCGCAGCUGCUGGGUUCGGAUUCCCCGCCAUAUCAGACGGAUCAGGUCCCCGAUGCCAGAGGUCAAUCUUCAACGUUGCGGAGAUCUUGGAUGGUGGUCUAUCCGGUUCGGUAGAUCAGUCUCGGGUCGUCGGAUCAGAGGACUGGUCGAAGGAUUUGGAGGAUGGCCUGAAGGUGCAGGAUACCAGUGCAUCUUCGUCGGUUAUGGGUGUCUCUGAGGAUGAUAUUCUGGUUGUGCAGGCUGGUGAGACAGAUGCGAAGGUUAAUACUCAUCGUCAUCGCGGUCGAUCUGGUAUCGGUACUGGUAUGGCUGUUGUGGAUGGAAUUAAUCGGCCUUUCUUCCAUGUGGAUCUGACUAGUGCUCUGAAGAGUGCUAUGGCUGGUUCUUAG